GAUUUCCCACUUUUGGCAGCUUUAGCCAACUCCAAGUGAUUUAUUAUCAACUUGAAGAAGUUUACUGUAGUCCUCUUACGGUGGGAUACAUCUAGGGCUGCACUGUCCUAUCCUGCAACCAAACCACUAGGUGGCUGCUGAAGGCUUGAAAUGCAGCUGGUCCAAAUUGAAAGGAUGAUGGAAAAUGAUGAUGAUGAUACAAAACUCAAAGAAGAAAUAGAAGCUGAAUUGGAUAAAAUCAGCAUUUCUUCAUUAGAAAAAGAUGAUGUUGAUAGUGAUUCAAAAUCAGACAUCCAGAGUGAUGACAGUGAUACGGAUUUGAAUGAGUUACCUGAGUCAGUUCUUCAUUAUAUUAACAUCAUAAAGAAUAAGAGCAAAACUGUUGAAGAGCUCCUUCUUCAGGACUCGGAAGAUACUGAUGUUUUAAACUAUAGUUAUGGAGUGGUUCCUAAUAAUCACAUGCAUUUAAGGAUAGAAUUAUCAACUGAACAUAAAGAAAAUCCGGGACAGUUAAUAAAGAUGUUAUCUGAAAUAGAAAAAGAAGAAUUUCUGAGGAUUAAAACCCAUUGUGGCAGUCCUGAUUCUAUUCUAAAGCCUGGUCCUCAUGAUUUGCCUGUGGAUGAACAUGUUUUUCCAGGUGCACUAAACUGCUCAAGAAUAUUUUUGAUAAUUUUUAUGUGA